GGCCUCCGUCGCGUCCGCGGCUGGCAUUACGCGGCCUCUGACCCUCACCGAGAAGCAGGGCGUCCUGAGCACGCUGGAGCGCACCAGGGUCCUGUCCGCCGUGGAGGGCACGUCGUCGGACACCUUCGCCGCCGCCGUGCCCGGCGCCGGCGCGGUGGCCCUGCUGGCCGCGGCGUUCGUGUCCUUCUCCUCGAUCGAGGAUCGGGUCCUGCGGGCCCCGUGGCCGCCCUCGUCCUCGGGCUCGGCGGCGUGGCCCUCUUCGUCUUCGCCGCCGUGCUGGGCGUCCUGCAGGCCCCGAAGUUCACGGGCACCCGGUAGGCGGCCCCCCUCCGGCCGAUCCGUCCCGUGGGGGGCCCUCCGCCACCGCCCCCCCCCGCGGGGGGGGGCGGGGUAGCGGGGCAGUCCAUUCGGCGAGGGCGGCGGGGCAGCUGGCGGCAGUGCCGCCGCGUUUUUUUAGACUCGUAGGUCCAGGCAGAGGUGCGGCAUGAUGAGGCAGGAGGAGGGGAGG